AUGAAGCUCCGAUUGCGAUCCAUGGACGCUCCCGGCGGCGGCGGCGUCGCGGAGACGCACCGCGUGCAGCUGCCGGACACGGCCACGCUCUCCGCCGUGAGGGACUUCCUCGCCGCCAAGCUCUCCGCGGCGCAGCCCGUCCCCGCCGACUCCAUCCGCCUCUCCCUCAACCGCUCGCACGAGCUCAUCUCCCCCGACCCCGCCGCCGCCCUCGCCGCCCUCGGCCUCGCCUCCGGUGACCUCCUCUACUUCACGCUCUCCGCACAGCUAUCUCAGCCACCGCCUCCUCAACCCCUCCCCGGGAACCCUAAUCCGGAUCAUCCAGUCUCGACCCGCGGGCAGGUCGCUGCCGGUUCCAGAUCUGCUGGGGAGGCCGCGGGAUCCUCCUCAGUGCCGCAAGCCCUGCACGUGGAGCCUGUUCGCUCGUCACCGCCGCCGACCCUGCAAGUGGAGCCUAGUUUGCCGGUGGCAUCUGACCCGCCGGAUGUGGAGAUGGCGGAGGCCGUCGCCGCGACCAAGAGCUCGUCGAGCUUCGUGAUUGGCGCUCUCAAGCGGGAGCUGGAGGCGAACGACACGUCAGGCGCAGAGGGUACCGCUAUCCAUCGCCUAGUCGUGGCCCUGCACGCAGCUCUGAUCGAUGCUGGCUUCCUCGCCGCGAAUCCGCUGGGGUCUCGCCUCGAAUUGCCGAAGGACUGGGCCUGGGGCGCUUCGGCAAUGCUGACUGUGAAGUACACUCUACCGGAGCUUGUUGCCACAUUACCUGAGGCUGAAGAGGGGAAGAUAGUGGUGCUCAACUGCUCACUGAUGUCGAAUUUCGUGAUCAUAUAUGCCUGUGUGCCCGGGGCACAAUCAGAGGUGCGCCGGCUCUGCCUGGAGUUGCCAAAGCUGGCGCCGCUGCUGUAUCUGGAUGGGAAUGGAAUGGGUGCAGUGGAGGUGAAGGAGAUUCUUGAGCUUUGGAGGGUGCUGAAGGAUGAGCUGUGUCUCCCACUGAUGAUAUCUUUGUGCCAGCUGAACGGGCUGUACUUGCCGCCGUGCUUGAUGGCAUUGCCAGAUGAACUGAAGGCUAAGGUCUUGGAGCUUGUUCCUGGCGUUGGUCUUGCAAGGGUUGAGUGCACAUGCAAGGAAUUGAGGGAUCUAGCAGGGGAUGAUAAUCUUUGGAAGAGAAGGUGUGAAUUGGAGUUGAAUACCUCUAGUGAGGCUUCUAGAUGGAGCAAAAGCUGGAAGCAAAGGUUCGGGGAAGCUUGGACUCGGAAGGUGGGCAACACCAAGAGGCAGCACAAGAGGACCAGUCCAAGGUUUUGGGACUAUGGCUGGGGGAGCAGUCCACCAAGCCCAGUUAGCUUCCCGGUAAUUGGUGGUGAUUCAGACCGUCUGCCAUUUCUAAAUCACAAUGUUCUUCGUGGUUUUGGAAAUCAGCGGAGGAACAUCUCCCCCAACUGCAAUCUUGGGGGUCAUCGCCAAGGGUUUCCUUAAUUUAAGCUCUUGCAGGGUUGUCACUAUAGUAUCUUAAGUACUUUAUUUCAUAAGAGAAGGUACAUGUGCCAUCUUGUACAUAUUUGAAGUCGAACCCUUAUGCAUAUCUGCAGUGUUCUUAUCCUCAUAAAACCUUUUCGUUUGUAUCUUAGAUCCUAUGUAUUGUGGUAAUUUUGAGUUAUUACAUGCUCUAGCACUAGGGUACUUCUGCUCUCUUCUCAGACUA